AGCGCGGUGCCGCGCGCAGGGGCCCCGGCGCAGGCGGGUUGCUGCCCCCGCCGCCUCCUGCUGAUCCUCCGGUGCCGCCGCCCGCCCCGUCCGGGGCACCUGGUCACCCCCUGCCCUUGCCCGCCCAGGAAGGGCCCAGCGGUGCGGCCGCCCUCCUGCCCCUGCUCCUGCUCCUGCUCCGACUGCGGCUCCGGGCAGUGUCACUGGGCAGCGCCCGCUGGGGCGGUGCGCCCUGCUGCAGCCCCGUCGGUGAAUGUAAGCAUCAAGAGAGGAGCCAGCUUGACAGCCCUGGAGACUGACAUCCUUGUCUGCUAGAACAGGUUUCCUUGGUCCUGCUCCUUGUGCUGCUGCAAUGAGUGGGAAGUCCUUGCUUUUAAAGGUCAUUCUCCUGGGGGAUGGUGGCGUUGGAAAAAGUUCCCUCAUGAACCGCUACGUCACUAACAAGUUUGACUCUCAGGCUUUCCACACUAUCGGUGUAGAGUUUCUAAACCGUGACCUGGAGGUGGAUGGACGUUUUGUGACCCUCCAGAUCUGGGACACUGCAGGACAGGAGAGGUUCAAGAGCCUGCGAACCCCUUUUUACAGAGGGGCAGACUGCUGCCUGCUGACCUUUAGUGUUGACGACCGCCAGAGCUUCGAGAACCUAGGCAACUGGCAGAAGGAAUUUGUCUACUAUGCAGAUGUGAAGGACCCUGAUCGCUUCCCAUUCGUGGUCCUGGGCAACAAGAUUGACAAACUUGAUAGACAGGUGACCACUGAAGAGGCCCAAGCCUGGUGCAUGGAAAAUGGGAACUACCCUUACCUAGAAACCAGUGCCAAGGAUGACACCAAUGUGGCAGUGGCCUUUGAAGAAGCUGUGCGACAAGUACUGGCAGUGGAAGAGCAGCUGGAGCACUGCAUGUUGGGGCACGCAAUAGACCUGCACAGCAGCUCCAAAUCAGGAUCUUCAUGUUGUUAAUAGUGUCAGUCACUUAGAUAACACACCCUAGAACUGAUCCUUAAAUGGAACAAGUGCAAAUGGCUCUCAGGCAUACCAGGGAAUGCAGAGAGAAGAGUGGGUUGGGUUACUGACUAGAAACAGCAGUCUUUCUGUUGAACCAUGUGGAGUCCUAGGUGUAAAUGAAAGGUAUAUUAUGAGUGACCCAAGUGCAUUUGGAUGUAGCUCUGCUUCCUCCCCUUAUUCUUUCCAGUUGAUCUCAAGGACUGGGUUAACCUAACAGGCUUAUGAAUUAAGAUCAAUGCUAAGAAAUGUCCAUAAAAUGUUGUGUGCAGAGCCCUAGACAUUCCUUAAAGUAUUUCAUUAGUGAACUGAAAAAUACUCAUCCCACUAAACUCAUACCUUACUACCAAAGGGAAGUUUAUUCAGUAUCCUGUAGAACAUCAAAACCAAACUGAAAGAUUUUAGCCUUGGAAAACCAUGAGAAUAUCCAUACAGUAACAAUAAAUAUGUAUAGGCCCGUUUCUUAGGACUAUCACAUUGUGUCCUGAUCUGUCGUAAUCUUCUGAAGCCUUUUGGAAGAACUUGUGUGCAAUGCUGAACCUGGGUCCUCCUGGAAGGUAGCAUGGCUCAAAAUAUUUGGAGAGAUACGAGGGCGAGAAGGGUUGCUGCCUACCUUGGUCAGUUCUAAUUUGCCAACUCUAACUUUGCUGCAUAUGGAUGUUACUUCCACAGAGUGACUGGCUUCUUGGUUACAGUUGUGCUGUUGGCUUUUCCUGUGGCGUAGCACCAGAUGCUGCUGCUCACAUCUUGGAUGACUCCCGACUGGACAUCAUCUUCAUUCAUGGACGCUGACUUAGCCAUAUUAGUGUGAAGGACAAUAGACCCUCAAUGUGAACAUGGGUCUUGGUACCAUAUAAUUACCAAUAUAUAUCAUGGCUAUAGCAAAAUUGGUGAUAGAUGAACAGAACAACUUUUUGAUGUGUAGCAGGUUGAUGAACAGACUCGUGGAUAUCCCUUAAAAACACCUUUUUGCAGGUAUGCUGGUGAAGCAGUCCUGGUCCUGAGCACAGGCCUAGGAUCCUCCAUGCUUUGUGAGCCAAAAGGCCAGUGAGCCAAAGGCCACUUGAUCUGAGAUCCCUUGAGUUGGAUGCUGCAGCUUAGAAUAAUUUCUCCAUUAUUAAAUUGCUUUCUCAAGAAUCCUGGAACAGAAGGGAUAGUGAGUGGGAGGUAACCACUGGUGAUGAGCCUCUAGUGAAUUGUCUACAAAACUUUUAAUGGUAGAGCUCUUCAGCUAAUAGGCUCUGUGUUAAUGUGGUACCUUGCUCAAGACCAUUGGGCAGGUUAGAGAAAUUUCCAACUGGCUGAACAGUUAAAGGAAAAAAAUAGAAACACCAUUAGAAAUGAACCAUAGACCUGCUAACCCAGGGCACUGGCCUACUUAUGGUGGCCAGUCUCAAGGUAUCUGUUGGGAGCCACUGAUUCUGUGUUUGCUGGCUGCUUUGUUGUUUUUUUCCCUCUGUAACCUUGUAAUAUGUAACUUCACUCUCUCCCACAUUUGUCCAUGAUCGUGUAAUGAUGACUGUCUGUGAGCAUAUCGGCGUCUGCCUGUGGGAGCACUCUCCUGCGCAUAUCUCAGCUCAUUGCUGAGUGCAAACCAUGAAUCCCGUUGCUCCCAUGUUUGUCUUUGGCCAUAGAUGCAGUAAGUGUAAGUCACGUGGCUCAAAUGCAGCUAACUUUCUGUUCUUGCUGAGAGGUUUCCACCUUAGCAUUGGCCAGUGGGAGCUAGUGGCAAUCAUCUAAAGGCUCCUGAACUGCAGGAGAAAUGUCUUUUGCUGAAACUCAGGGUGCGCCUGCCCCCUCUCAGAAGGGCAAUAGUGCAUAUAAGUGACCGCAACUGUAGAUGCAAAGGUCCUAUUUAGGAGGCCUGACUUCAAAGAGGUGCUAAAUACCCAUCACUCCCAUCCAGGUGAAUGGGCUUGUGAUGGGAAGUGCAUGUCUCUGGGAAAUCAGACCUAGGGUGUUCACAGGAUGCCCUUGCCUCUCCCUAGUUAUACUUUGCUUCCUCUUUUUUUUGUGUGUGUAGACAUCAAAAGGCCAGCUAAACUUACUGAAGGGCUAGCCUUUCUUAUACCUGUACUUGGUAAUUCCAGUGAAGAGCCUCUUAACCUGAUCCUGUGUCCAGCGGUCCUUGUUAAAGGCUCAGAAUAUAAAAAUAUUUGUGUUAAUCCAGUUUUUAAGAUAAUGUUAAGUGUGGAUGGUGCAAACAAUGUUAGGUUACUGUUUAUAAACUGUGCUGUUGGAGCCUAUCUCAUCCAGGUAGGGCAGUUAAGUGGAAGCCCUAUCCUUUAGGCGAAUGGUUUUCAACCUGUGGUCCGCAGACCCCUGGGGGUCUGCAGACUAUGUCUAAGGAGUCUUUGAAACGUGACUCCAAUCAAUCAAAAGUAUGUGACUACCCUCACUUACAAUUCAAAGGGAUCCGCACCUCUAUUCAAAAUUUCCAGUGGCGUCUGCCAAUGAAAAAAGGUUGAAAACCAAUGCUUUAGUCCACACUACUUUUCUAGCCUACUUAUCGCAUGAUCUAUGUGAGCUUUGAUGCUGCCUGCAAAAAAGGACAGGUACUGUGAACCAGCUGUGAUGUACGAGGGAGAUGCACAACAGGGUAUCUCCCAGUACCUUGGGUGCAUAUUGAUGCUAAUGGCUGAAUCCUGAAAGCCUUUAGCAUACACAAACUGUGCAUAUAGGUUUACUAGCUGUUUGUAUAUCCUGGAAUGUGUUCUAUGGUAUCCUCUCUAUUUUAACAAGCAUUAGAUUGAUUCUUUUUUCUUUUCUUUUCUUUUUUCUUUUCUUUCCUUUUUAAACAACAUAUUUUAGGUGUGUAUUUUUAAACUCCAUUUUUUAAAAAUAGUGCAGUAUUUUUAUGUAUUGAAUUUGUUUAAUUUAUUUUAAACCAGUGCGCGCAUAGUUUCUGGAGCAGCCUGACUCCUCAGCUCUUCAUUGCAAAGUUCAAUUGCCAGCUGGCAUCCCAUCCUUGUGACCCCCAAGCUGCUGCAAUUGCCACUACUGCUAACAAACUGGAAUUGUGCAACCAAUAUUUUCCAUUUUAUUUAAGCAAAUAAAACCUGGCUGUGUCAAAUCAAAUAUGUAAUGUUUCUGCUUUCUUUUGUUGCUUUAAAUAAGGAGCUUGAGAUGGAACCUCAGCUAGAAACUGACAGUUGUCUUGUGGUAGGUAGAUGGAGCAAUGCCAGUUUAUAUCACCUGAAGACCUGACCUAAUACCUUGAACAAGUGGCAGGGAACUGGAGCCAAGGUAGUGGGGUCAUUUGACUGCAUAAAACAACAGGUUUUUAACACUUUUGGCAGUUUCUGAAUGUUUAUAAUAUAAAUAGAUAGUUCAAGUUCCAAAUGCUUGUUCAAGCUCCAAAGCCUGUCACCAGCU